UUUUGACCUUUGAAACCAGAAAAAAAUGUGGUGUGCUUGUUAUCAUCAGCCAUUAUUAUCCAGCUCCGUCGUCCUGAGAAGAAAACAAGUGGUCUGCUCCUUUGUAUCCUCAUGUCCUAUAAGCUUAAGCCAACAUCAAUGGCAAAUCAAGAACUAUCCCAAGAUUGGUAUUAGACUCAUAAAACCACAACAAGCGAGUGUUUUGCCUCCUUCCGAGUCUGGUGAUAUCACUACCUUCCUCCUUGUAAGUGGAGUAAUGAUCUCCAUGUAUUUGGUUACCAAUUUUCUGGUUCCAUCGUUACUCUUCAAGUCGCUCCAAGGUGAAGAAGAAGAAGAAGAAGACUCAGAUUAAGAUAUAUAUUAGCUCUAAUUAUGAUUUUUAUAUGUUUUACUCUUAUUUUUGGUUCGACUGAAGUUUCUUAUAAUUCUUAAUUACAUCGUCGUCCUAUGCUAAAUUAUUGAUAUAAGAUCCUAUCAUUUAGGUUC